AUGGUUUAUGGUUUCGGAAAUUCUUGCGUUAAAUUGCUUUUUUUCAUUGUCAAUUUAUUGAUUUGUAUAUGUGGCGGACUCAUUUGCGGUUUUUCACUUUGGGCAAAUUUGGACCGGAAUUUCUCGGAACAUUUGGAUCAGUUUGUGAGGAAAAUCGAUGGCGGAAGUAUGGAGCAUAUUAAUGAAAUUGCCAAAGUGAGCAUGGGUUUGUGGCACCACAAUUUGGAGCAACAAGAGUUUCUAGAAAAGUUCAAAAAUUUUCAAAAAUUUUCAGAAUAUUUUCAAAAAAGCCCCCUCUCUCAGAAUUUUCAAAAAAAAACUCAAUACUUUCAGUACCAAGCUUCAUUGUGGAUUUUGGUGGCAGUUGGAGCUCUUCUCUUUCUCGUUGGAUUUUUGGGAUGUUGCGGAGCCGCUUGUGAAUCUCCAAUUCUCCUCGGCCUUUUCUUCUUCGUCAUUGUUAUCCUAACUGCAAUCGAGCUUGGAGCAACUGUUUUUGCUAUGACAAAUCGUGCCGAAUUUUUGAAAUCCGUUGAAUCGGUGAUGACAAAAUCAGCGGACACUCCAGAUUUCCGGCGAAAUCUCAAACCCAUUCAAGAUGUGCUCAAUUGCUGUGGAGCUACUCACAUGACCCAACAUUUAUAUAUUGAUGAGCAUCUGUGCGGAGAGCAUCCUGUGGCUGUGAGUUUUUUUUCCAUCAAACUAGACUGUAGUUGGAGAAUUUUGAGGGUAUAGAAUAAUCUCACAAACUUAAGAUAUUUCAGUAUAUCAAAAAUGACUUUAGGUUUUUUUGAAAUAUCGAAUAAGACUGUAGUUUUUUCCUAAUUUAACUAGGCUUUAUUUUGUUCAUAUUUUAAUUCAAGAGGGACUUACAGUAAUCUCAAAAAUCAUUUUUUUAAAAACAAAAAGGACUUUAGUUUUUUUCCAAGUUUCUUGUUUUUAUUCAAAGGACCAUAUAGUAACCUGGAAAAUCAAUAUUUUUCAGAUCGACUGUUUCAACCGGAUCGAAAAAAUGGUAGACAGUGCAAACGAAUCAAUUAUCGUUUGUGGAUUUGUUCUUCUCGCCAUCGAACUUUUUGCACUUCUUUUCUCAUGUGUUUUAUGCAGAGCUUCGCGUGAAACACGUUAUUCAGCCUAUUAUGCUUAG